ACCAAUUAGACUAUUCCGCCGAUAGAGAAUAUAAACACUAAAAAAUAUCUUCAUGGGGCCACUGUCAUGCUCAGCAGGCCAUACAAAAAUAAUAACUAAAAUAAGAUAGUAAAUGAAGAAUUAGAUUAUGUAUCUCGUUCACAUUAAACCAGAUUUUUCACUGAAAAGGAAAAGUCUUAAAAUAAACAAACCCUGUAAUUAGGAAACAGAUUUGAAAUGCAAGAGCUGCUACUGGAGAAAGGAGAAAAAAUGGAACAGGAAUCAACGGGGUCUGGAAGUUCACAAUUUUCAUCAUUACAAUGGGUUUUCAAGGUCAAGAACAUGGCUUGGGAAGCAUAUAAAAGCAAGCCCUUUUCGCAUUGGGUUCUGCUUUUUCUAUCCAGUUUUGGAAUGCUUGUGGCAUUCCCUGCCUCUAGCCUUCUAUCUCGUGUAUACUUUGCCAAUGGAGGGACCAGCAAGUGGAUCAUUUCAUGGGUAGCAGUGGCUGGAUGGCCUAUACCAGCUUUGAUCUUAUUUCCUAUGUAUCUGUUUCAUAAUACUUCCCCUACACCUCUUAGCAUACAACUGUUUUGUUCUUAUGUUUUUCUGGGUUUUUUAAGUGCUGCUGACAAUCUCAUGUAUGCAUAUGCCUAUGCUUAUCUCCCUGCAUCAACAGCAGCUCUUUUGGCUUCAUCAUCACUGGCUUUUUCUGCACUGUUUGGUUUUUGGAUUGUGAAUAACAAGCUGAAUGCUUCUGUGAUAAAUGCUAUUGUGAUAAUCACAGCUGCAAUGACCAUAAUUGCAUUGGAUUCAGAUUCUGAUAGGUAUCCCUAUGUGUCCAACAGCCAAUACAUUUGGGGUUUUGUAUGGGACAUAUUAGGAUCAGCCCUCCAUGGCCUUAUAUUUGCACUUUCAGAGUGGGUUUUCAUAAAGUUCUUAGGCAGGAGAUCUUUCCAUGUUGUUUUGGAGCAACAAGUCAUGGUUUCUUUCUGUGCCUUUUUGUUUACAACCAUUGGAGUCAUAAUCAACAAGGAUUUUCAAGGGAUGGCAUCUGAGGCCAAAACUUUCAAGGGUGGGGUAACUGCAUACAACCUGGUUCUCAUUUGGAGUGUAAUCACUUUCCAAUUGGGUGUAUUAGGAGCCACUGGCAUACUGUUCCUGGCUUCCACUGUGAUGGCUGGGGUACUUAAUGCUGUAAGGGUGCCAGUCACAAGCAUUGCUGCUGUCAUCCUUUUAAAUGACCCAAUGAAUGGCUUCAAGAUCCUCUCUUUGGUCAUAACAUUUUGGGGAUUUGCUUCCUACAUCUAUGGCACUUCCACUGGGAGUAAGUUACCUUGACAAUUAUGUUGCCUAGUACUCGUAUUUGACAUUCACAUCAUAAAGAAGUUUCAUGUUAUUUAUUACUUUGAAUGGGAACCAUCAAAGUGAUGCCCAAGGAAGUAAGAUCAUUACAUUGGAUUCAAAGGGAGUAAGAAAAGUUUUCACAUCUGUGUAUUAGAUAGCUAUGGUAAGACUUGUAUUCAGACUCAAAUGUGUGUACUAGAAAUAGAUACGUUAUUAUAAGUAGUAUUCAAUUUUUUAAA